AUGGCGGCUUUGACUUUGAGCGCGAAGGAGACCGAAAUGCUUGUUGCUGUCAUGUCUGAGAUGGGGGAGAUUCCUAAUACUAUCAACUUCGAACGUGUUGCUAGUCGGGUUGAGGUCAAGUAUGCUAGGAAUGCGCGUUCAAGCUUCAAGAAAUUAUUUGAUAAGUUGAAGUCUCAAGCAGGGCCUGCUCCAGAUGACGAGAAUGGCAGUAUCCCGCCUAAGACUCCAAGCCCCACCAAGAAAUCUUCUCCAAAGAAGAAGGUUGGCCCUAACAACACUCCCAUCAAAGCCACUCCUAAAUCCAGAGGAAAGAAAGCUGCAGCCAAUAAGGAAGUCAAGGAGGAAGUGUUUGACAGUGAUGAGCAGCUGGAAGAACCAAUUUUGGACGACGAAGAUGGCAAGUCAUCAAACCACAUUUCUUCCCUAGCAGCCAAAAAUACUGGAAACAAGAUCGGGGCUAGCCACUCUAUUGGAUCCUCUGAAAGUAUUCAGACAUCAGAUGAUGAUACUAGGAUGUCUAUCGUCGAAGUCCAAAGGUCAAUGCCUGCUUCACCCGGGUAUAAUGCAGAUGAUGAAGAAUUUGACGCUGAAGAACAGAUCCAGGCCGAUCAGUUUGGCAUGAGUGUUCCUGCUUAUCGGGAGUGGCGAGCUCUUAACAGGAUUCUUUUUAACUUCAAUUCUUUCUUCGUCUACAUUCGACUCGUUACUCUCGGAUGGAGGGAUGAAUAA